AUGAGUGAGCAGCGAAUGAAAAAGAAUAUCGAGAAAGAACAUCUGAGCCCGACCGUUCCCGCCCCAUCCAUUUUCUUCGUUGUUCCGCCGUGCGAAGCACUCAUUUCAAGCCGUCCGAGUAAAAACGAGUUGCUCUGCGGUCGGGUGACGUGCAAGACGAGCGUCCGCACUGCGCCACUGUUCACGAUCAUGAUGAGGUUGCCAUUUUACUAUUGGAAGACGAGUCUGAACCCUGAUGCAUCGCUGUUAUACGGCACUGAUCAAUGCGACAGACAGGAGGAGCCCGUACCUGUCAUGUCACACCUCCCAUCUUUCCGCGUGCCCACGCAGGCAGUAACGUGGCAGGCCGCAGAGGGUUGCCAUCCAUUCCUCGUGCGGUUCAACAAAAUGGUCCAAGAGAACGCGGUGUGCCGGCAGCACGUGAUGAGGAGCUUCUUAUGUAUGUAA